UGGUACCCAGCCCCGCUGGGGGGACACCGAUUGGUUUAACCCCCUGCGUGCCAGGGUGCAUCAGCAGCCAGAUUUUCCUGAAGAAGAGGAAUCCUCACAGCAACUCUUCCUCUCUCUCCCUGCUCAAGCCCUGAAGCCAUCAGUAUACAGACGGAGGGGACAGCUCCGGCAGCAGCAGUGCCAGAGGAGGCAUCGCAUCACAUCGCAUCGCGUUUCACUGCGCAUCCUCCCUCCCCACCCCCUACUGCUGCAGGCUUCCUCCCUGCAUCCCCCCAUCCUUUCCCCCCCACAUCACUCCCCCUGGCAACCCUCCUUCCUGCAUCUCUCCUUCCCGCAUCCCUCCCUCUUCCAUCCCUCCCUCCUGCAUCCCUCCCUCCAUCCCUCCCUCUGCCUGCACGGAGCCGCGGACAUGGCGCUUAGCAAUUUCCUCUUCGCUCAGUGCAUCUGCUACUUCCUGGCCUUCCUCUUCAGCUUCAUCGUGGUGGUGCCUCUGUCCGAGAAUAGCAAUGACUUCCACGGCCGGUGCCUGCUCUUCACCGAGGGCAUGUGGCUCAAUGCCAACCUGACGGUGGAGAGGCAGCGCUUCACCGUGCAGGAGUGGGGGCCUGAGGCCGCCUGCCGCUUCAGCAUCUUCACCGGGCUCCUCUCCCUGCUGCUGGCCACAGUGCAGGCCUGGCGGACCCUCUUCUUCCUCUGCAAAGGGCAUGAGGACUCUUUCUUUUAUGCUUUCCUGAAUCUGCUGAUCAGCGCCUUUGUGGUGUUUAUCACAUUUAUUGCUAGCACUAUAGUGAGUGUAGGAUUUAACAUGUGGUGUGAUGCAAUUACCGAAAAAGGAAGCAUGCCAAAUAGCUGUGAAGAAUUACAGGAUAUAGAUCUUGAACUGAACUUAGAAAACUCUGCUUUCUACGACCAGUUUGCUAUUGCACAGUUUGGUCUCUGGGCUGCCUGGCUGACUUGGCUGGGAAUUACCAUUCUGGCUUUCCUGAAGGUUUAUCACAACUACAGACAGGAGGACCUGCUAGAUAGCCUGAUCCAUGAGAAGGAGCUGUUGCUAGGAAGAUCCUCUUCACGAACCUCUUUGCAAGAUGAGAAAAGUGCCAUGAUCUAAAGCAUAAGCAAAUUUCCAGGGCAGGAUCUAGGUUCUAUUAUUCAGUAGCGCAAGCUGAUGUUGAGUCAGAGUAUUGAGUGUGAGAGAUGUAUUUUUUCCUGAAAAAAAGCUGUACUUGUGAAUCACCCACUUUCUCAAUGAAAAAUUGUUGGCAGGAGUAUUUAUAUGAGGAUACAGAGAAUGAACUAGCCCAUGUGCCAUUGACAUAGCAAACUUUCUGUCCUGCACAGGCAGGGAGCAGCACAAUCUGUAACCUGCUGUUGCUAGCAGAAUUCCUGCGUAUUAUCACUGGCUUUUGGGGCAGUGAUUGUUUUUGAGGACUGUGCUGGCAAGACCAGGCUACAGAAUCUAGGCUAUUCCUCCAUAUUGUUUGCAACAACAGUAAUAACUAGAGCUAUGUCCAGUCGCUCUUGUCCCUCUCUCCUCCCUUUUGCUAAUAAAGCUGCUCUCAUUCUCACUUUAUUCUGGGCGGUUGUAGCUCUGGUCCAAGUAUAGACUCUUGCUGUCUCUGCUUUUGCUAUGUGUGGACACCAUGCUGACAAACCUAUUGUUCCCACUCUGAUGUUGAGUUUGCUUAGAACAUACAGACCUGUGUUCCAGAUGAUACUUACUAUGAGACAGUUUUAAUGAAUUUCAUGAAACCAUUAUGUUAUCUGUAAAAAGCUGUGUGCCAUUUGAAGGGAUGGAGGAGAAUGUAUGUGUUUUUAUUUAUUCUUAGAUUUUGGCAUGGCCAUCAUUUAUUAUGGCUUCCUGAAGUGUAGUUUAGCUAGCAAUUUCUGAAGCUUGCAUACUAAGAAGUUAAGCUGAGUUCACAGUAUCAAUGCUUGUGCAUUUAUAAGCAUAACUUGGUCCCUAAUAUAGUAUACUAUUUAGUUCUGAGUAUUAGAGUUUACUUGUGAUAUUUAUUUCAUAUAGAAUAUGCAAAUUUUUUUGUAAACAUUUGCAUUGUAGGUAUCUCUGUAUAUCUAUCUAUCAACAUAGCAAAGAGCAUGAACAGCCGAGCUAUUUUAUAGGUACUCAGUGCUAAAUGGACCCAUUCUCCCCACUCCUGGGCAAGAGAUCCAGGGCUGAUGAAUUUUGCUGUGAAAAGGGAGAACUGUUACUUUCACAAAGCUCACUCGUGACCUUGUUGUUGCUUUCAGUUAUGCUUGGCCAGCACUUCAAUGAAUAAGGUGGAUGAGAAGUAGGUCUGAUAAUUAGGAAUUACUUAGGUGAGUGUGGGAUUGCAUAGCAGAGAAAUAAAGUUGUGCUGGAACAAGGCAGUUAUACCCAAGUGCAUGAUGCACAGUAGACCUUUUUCAGCAGGAAAGUUAAGAAAGAAGUUAAGUUUAAGUAGCAGAAGAAUUUCAGGGAGCACCCUAACACUGCCUGUGUUAGCUGAGCUUGAGCUGACACUGAAUUUAUUGCAAAACAAGUGCAAACCAUGUACAUCUAUACUGCCUGGUAAAUAGGAAACGGGGAGAAGACAGCAGGCUUCUCUCCCAUCAGAGCACAAGCCUGGGGAAAGCACAACCAUGCAGUUUUACUGUUGUCUUCUGAGGACUAUUUGGUGCAUAAAGUUAAGUACCUGCUUAAGUAGCUGAAACAGAAUUUGAAGUCAUAACAAAUCCCUUAAUUUGUAAGGAUUUUAGGGCGUAAAAUCUAGCAUCACAUUUAACAACUAAAUUGUUCCCUCAGGUUUAGGAAAAAAAAAUGGCCAUGUGGUGUAAGCCGUGAGCUGGCCCUGUGAAUGUCUCUCGUAGCCCCAGCUGGCCAUGGCUGUCUGUAGGGAGAUCUUGUUUUUCACUGUGAUUUCAACCCACAAGGGAAUGCAAUUCCUCUGAAAGCUUUACAACAGUGGCUUUUUUUUUUUUUUUUUUUUUUUUUUUUUUGUAGCUGUGAAUUGAAAUAAAAGGAAAAGUUCCUAAAGGGGGAAUCAGAGAUUAGUUAAUUGGUAUUAACACUAGUUAAUACCAAUUGAAAAUUCAGAGACCAGGACUAAUAGAGUUUUUCUUUUAUUCAGCUUGUCUAAUAGGAAAGACAUUCUAUCAGUUACCCAAGACCUUUGCCAGGGCAUGACCUUCCUCUUCUAAACACGAAGAAGUGCUUAGGAUGUGAAGGUUACCUUGUUUCCUCUGUUUCCCCAGUUAUUUCUCUGACUGUAAAAGACACUACUUCCCUUUCCAACCUCACCUUGAAUUUAAGACUCACCAGUGAUGUCUCCUUCCACAAAUACCUUCAGUGCAUGCCUAACUCCUUGCAUGGGACCAUGCUGCUGCUUUGUAUUUGAUGUCUGUAUGUGCCAAAUCAUACUUAGGCUGCAGUAGCAUGUGAGUUACUGGUCUUGUGGGGGGGGUCUUAAGAAGUGGGGGGCAGAAGGCAGUGAGUGCCUCCCCCUUAUGCCU